UCCUCUUAAAGGGGACGCGUCGCUGUCUGCCGCUGCAGGAGAGCUCCGAUGGGAAGAACAUUUUGGAGAAAUGGUUCUCAAACUUCAGAGCCUGGACGAACCGGCGGGACACCGGGCCGGCAGCUCGGUCACAGACUGUACCGUUGAAGGCUGCAGUGUCAACUAAGCACGAUGCAGUCCUUGUCCAUGGAAGUGGGAAGCAGCAGCAGCUCAGCUCCCAGCGACACAUCUGGCUCGGCGGUGCAGGUGUGCUUUCCCGGCGCUCAGGCCUCGGUGCUCGAGAGUCUGAACCGACAGAGAGAAGAAGGCCGGCUCUGUGACCUCUCCAUCCACGUCCAGGGACAAGUGUUCAAAGCUCACCGCUGCGUCCUGGCCGCCUCCUCACCCUAUUUCCAUGACCAGGUACUACUGAAGAACAUGUCUACUGUCUCCAUCCCUGCUGUAAUGGACCCGUUGGCGUUUGAGAGCGUGCUGAGCUGCGCCUACACCGGUCAGCUCAGGAUGCUGCGAGAGGACAUAGUCAACUACCUCACGGUGGGCAGCGUGCUGCAGAUGUGGCACAUCGUGGACAAAUGCACCGAGCUGCUGAAGGAGGGCCGUGCGGUAGCAGGGAGCGGUGGAGGAGGUGGCGGCGUGCAGGACGGAGCGGGCAUCAGAGGAGGUGAAGGGUCAGCUAACCCCGGGUGUAGCAGCAGCAGCAAUGGGGACACUGACGCAGGUGGAGGUAACAGAGCUGUAAGAAACGGUGGGGUUGGUGCUGGACAAGCCCAAGUGGUCGGGUCCAUCGAGGCCCAGCGUGCCUCCCAGCCUCCCAGCCGGCCAUCAGUGAGCGAGAGCCAGUCUCCCAGCAGCACCAACUACUUCAGCCCCAGGGACGGGAGCGGUGCAGCCGCAGCAGGAGCUUCAGUGGACGGAGGCGGGGCUAGCAACACCCCAAGCUACUGCACCCCUUCUGGAGGAGAGGAAGGAUUCCUUAUUGAGGAAGAGGAGGAGGAAGUAGAGGAGGAAGAGGAGGAGGUGUUGUACCACCAAAGGAAGCGGGGAAGAGGAGGAGGGAGUGGCAGGAGGAAGAAAAUGAGCUCGUUGUCGGAGCAGGAAGUCGGGGUCAGCGACAGCUUUGGUGUGUCGUCCUAUCAGGAUGGGGAGGAAACAGCGAUGCCACCUCAGAAGCGUCCUACAUACAGCCAGCCCAGCAUCAUGCCUCGUAAACAGUGGGUGGUCGUGAAAACCGAGCGAUUGGAGGACGACGACCUCAUCGUAGUGUCUGGAGAAGAAGGAGGAGAAGAUGAGGAGGACGAGGAUGAGAGGGAGAUGGAGCUGGCCAGACAGAGGGAGAGAAGUGACUUCAACAUCUCCAACGUAAGGAGUCUUUCAGCCGAGCUGGGGGGGCGAGCUGAGAGUGACAUGGACUCACAGGUGGACUACUGUCAGUCUUCAGAGGACUACCUCAAGUUUGAAGGCAGUUUGAUGGACCAGACUUUGGCUCAGCACCUUCAUGACAGUGGAGCCGGUCAGAGCCAGAGCGCCAACCGUGCCGUGUCAGCGCUGCUGGGCCAGGUCCAGUCUGCAGCCUCAGCCCGGACUCAGCUCUUCCCCCUUGACAUGCAGGGGAACCAGAUCCUCCUCUACAGCCAGGCCUCCGGUCUCUCUCUGGACUCUUCGGCCCCGCCCCUGGGUCUGACUGGUGGUAUGAUGGGAGGAGCCUCUUUUAAAGGACCCGGUCUGGAGCACGGUGCGGUGCACCUGUCUGUGCAGGGCGGUUUGGGAGUGGACGGCUUGGACAGCGGGGGGAUCGGGAGUGGGGGCGGUGCCAACAGCACUGGGGGUUCAGGGAAAGUAUUUAUGUGCCACUGUGGGAAGACGUUCACUCACAAGAGCAUGCGGGACCGCCACAUCAACAUGCACCUGGACCUGCGGCCCUUCCACUGCCCAGUCUGUUCCAAGAAGUUCAAGAUGAAGCAUCACCUGACGGAGCACAUGAAGACGCACACGGGCCUCAAGCCGUACGACUGCCUCAGCUGUGGCAAGAAGUUCAUGUGGCGAGACAGCUUCAUGAGGCACCGCUCACACUGCGAGAGGCGCGGCGGGCUGGGAGAGAGCGGCGAAGGAGGGAGCAGCAGUGAAGGAGGGAGAAGAGGAAGUGAUGACGGGCAAGAUUUGAUGUCACCUCCUCAACUCCUCCUGUCUGCAGGCGAAGGAGGACAUGGAGGAAUUCUGGGAGGAAGAGGAGGCGUGUCUGUUACUUCCCCACAUCUCUCGGGCUCUGUUCUGUCGCCGCAGCACGGCGGUGUCUCAGCCGCAGGAAGCAUCAGCAACAACAGCGUGAGCAGCAGCAGUGCUGCCCUGAGCAACAACAUGGCCGCCACAGGGGCGCUUCUAGGGGUCGUUUCAAGUCCAGGUCAGGGAUCAGGGAUGUUUGGUGGACUGGGGCUGGGACGAAGUGUGUGUGAUGAAGAUGUGUGUGAGGUUAGUGCCAAUGAUAGUAGUGUGACUUAAACCAAAAGUGUGUGUUUUGUCCACCAGGGGGCUGUCGUGUUCCUGGUUCCUGCGGCUGAUUUUACAAUGUUGUAAACUUGGAGCAAGUGAAGCACUUUUACCCGCCAACACUCACAACAAGCAGUGAUAAUCUUUGUGAAGGAAGACAACGCUUCUGUUGGACAAAAACUGAAGAACCUGUACGUGUUUAUAAAUCAACGCCAUUCUAAGAUUCCACUGUUGACCAUUGUGCCGUAAAGUAAGUGAAAUAGUGGUCGUUCUGAUGGCGUCUCUAACUAUCCUCCAAUCGUCACGCCACAAAGACUUUUAGGGAACCUGCCUCCAAAAAGUGGCCUCAGUAAAAUGGACCUUCACUCUCAGUGAGAGGGGUUUAGUUUUCAGUAUCAGAAACGUUGUUAAAGGUUGUUUUUUUUUUGUUCUGUGUCAGAGUGUUGUUUAUGUUGAGAGGAGACCAAAAAGUGAACAGACUCUUACCUUCUUCUGUGGCAACAUUAUAGUAUCAGUAGAGUAGAUACAAGGCUGUUCUAUCGUAACGUAUUGUACUUUAUAAAUAUAAUAAGUUAACACAAAUCUGCACAUACCCAUGGUUCAGUGUUUGAAGAGAAGAAGCAAACGUUGCAGGUUUGUGUUUCUGAAUUGACAGCGGUGUGUCUUCUCCUGCCGUGUGGAUUUGGAAGUUACGUCAUGGCUGCUUUGCUUAAAGGUUAUCCAGUUGAACAGUUAAAUAAUUAUUUAUCUUAACAAGAGGACAAAGAAAUAUCCACACAUGUGUAGAGAGGAGUUUUCACCUGACACUAACUAUCUGGUCUUUUGGCUUGAACUCCAGACUCACUCUGAUGACUUUGUUUGUUUUUUAAAGAAACAAAAGUCAGAAGUGAAGUUUUAAAUCUGUUGUCCGAUAUGGUCCAUCCUUUCUAAACAUAAACAUGUUUAACUCUUGAAAAGCAGGAGGCGACUCGUCUUCUCAGCCUCUGUGUUCGGCCUUCACUGUCUCGUUGUUCACAGAGUUUACUUGUAGUGAGGAGAAGUUUAUUAUUACUGUAAAUAUAAAGAGUAUAUACGUCGUAUGAACACAUACUAACCUGUCAUUCUGAAGCGCUCGGGUCCAUCUGAUCCGCUUAAUCAGCUGUAGAGAAAGUGUUCUGCACAGGGUUUCCUUGUUAUUGAAACCUCCUGAUGGUAGAUGUUGUCCUAUCUAAGCUAUACAGUGUAUAGUGUGUUUACAAGCAUACCUCACCUGAAACAAGUUAGGGACCUCAUUUUAAAGAAAUCCUCACUUUUCAGAAGCUGGCACACACACAAAGAAGUCUUUUCUUUUUUUCAUACAGUAACAUUUUAUUAUUGAAAAAAGCCUACAUUGUGUUUGUUUUUUCUGCAACAAUUUUCAACAGUUACAGACCCUGACCUCUCAGAUAUUUGUGGACAUUUUAAUUUCAACGCUUUAUCUUAUUUUGAAGUAGUCUUCCUGUUUGGUUUCUUGGUGUGAAUGUAGUUGUAGUCCAGGUCACUUGUUAUGCAGAAGGCACCAGUUUGAAAGAUAAGCUUAAGAGUCCUUAAAUGUAAGUUUCCUAAGAAGUAAACUUUGAUAAAGAUGUUAGGAGGCACACAAAAAUCUGCUGUUCGUCUGAAUUAACAAGGUCGACGCCUCAGCUGCACAUUUGGGAUCCAGAAAUUCAGCAAUGCAUGUCUCUGCGUGUCUCUCGAGUCACCAGCCUGAAUGGAUUUCAGAUGCAUCAUCUUAUGUCCAUGGAGCAUGUCGUAUCAGCUGAGGUGAUCCUGCAGAAACUCUGCAACGUCCAGCAAGCGGAGCAGAGCUUGUUUUGAGUCUCAACAGCAAAGAUCUGAUGUGUCUGCACAAAGUCAAUAAACUGAUUAACAUUAUCUACGUUACUGAAAAGUAACUCCCAAAUAAAACUGGAUGUUAAUGAAACACUCGAGUGGUCAAAAUGAGAGCUUCUGUUGGAUCUGAAGGAUAAUGGUGUCUCGUUACUUCAACUUUUCCUUAUUCCAGAGAUAAUCACCUCGUUAAUUCAGACAAACUGAGCAGAUUUUUAGAUGUGAACGCAAAACGCUUCCUGUUAAGUAGCGCGAAGGCCAUGUUUGGAUUUCAGCUUUUGGAACAAAGUAAAUAAAACCUGUAUUAAAAGAAAACCUGUCCUACUGAUGGUCAGGAUAUUUCCUUUGAUUGUUUAACAUGAUUAACUACUGGGGUAGUUCACGUAAAAACUGUCCCUUCAUGACAUCACAAAGGGCAGUAGCCCCUCCCCCAGCUGGGUGACACUCCCACAGCUAGGUGUUUGUUCUGC